AUGUUCAAGAAAGUAUUCUUUUUGGCCAUGGUUGUAAUGCUUAUUGGCGUGUCUAAUCGGCAGGCCGCAGAUGGUCAAGGGGGUGGAGGCAUGGGUGGCGGCGGAGGUUUCGGUGGUGGUUUCGAUAUUGGAAUGAGUGCCGGCGCCGGUGGUCAAGCUGGCGGACAAGGUAGCGGUCAGGCAGGCGGUCAAGGAGGUCAAGGAGGAAAA